CUCCCGCCCCUCCCCCGUGCGGCGGCCGGACCCAGCGGCGGCGGCGGGGCAGGAUGAAGGACCGGACCGGGGAGCUGCGCGCUGCAAAGGACAGUGAUGAUGACGAUGAAGUCACCGUCAGCGUGGACCGGGACCGCUUCAUGGACGAGUUCUUUGAGCAGGUGGAAGAAAUUCGAGGGUUCAUUGAUAAAAUUUCAGAGAACGUGGAGGAAGUGAAGAGGAAGCACAGCGCCAUUCUUGCUUCGCCCAACCCUGACGAAAAAACAAAGGAGGAGCUGGAAGAGCUGAUGUCUGACAUAAAGAAGACAGCGAACAAAGUGCGCUCCAAGCUAAAGAGUAUUGAGCAGAGUAUUGAACAAGAGGAAGGACUAAACAGGUCAUCUGCUGACCUGCGGAUAAGGAAAACUCAGCACUCGACGCUGUCGCGCAAGUUUGUGGAGGUGAUGUCCGAGUACAACGCCACUCAGACUGACUACCGGGAGCGCUGCAAGGGCAGGAUUCAGAGGCAGCUGGAGAUCACUGGCAGGACCACCACCAGUGAGGAGCUGGAGGACAUGCUGGAGAGCGGCAACCCAGCCAUCUUCUCCUCUGGGAUCAUUAUGGAUUCAAACAUCACCAAGCAGGCACUGAAUGAGAUUGAGACACGGCACAGUGAAAUCAUCAAACUGGAGAACAGCAUCCGAGAGCUGCACGACAUGUUCAUGGACAUGGCCAUGCUGGUGGAGAGCCAGGGCGAGAUGAUCGACCGCAUCGAGUACAACGUGGAGCACUCAGUGGACUACGUGGAGCGGGCUGUGUCUGACACCAAAAAAGCAGUGAAGUACCAAAGCAAAGCCAGACGGAAGAAGAUCAUGAUCAUAAUCUGCUGCGUGAUCCUGGGUAUCGUCAUUGCCUCCACCUUCGGCGGCAUUUUCGGCUAGACUGACUCCACGGGACUGUUUGUGUGCGAUGGAUGGAGCCGCGUGUGCCAUGGGGCCGUAGCCGCGCCGGAGCAAACCACGCAGCCCCAGAGCCUCCCAGCAGCAUUUCAGUUUCUAAUGCAUGGUUGUUUGUGAUGCUGUGUGUGCGGUGCGGUGCGUCUGUGUGGAGGGAGUGCCGGCCCCGGGGCACAGGCAGGGUGCAGGGGACAGUGAUGGGUGCAAGGGGGACCCUGGGGGGGAAACCCAAGCUCUCAUCACUGCUCCAGGCUGGGUGGCUGGCUGGGACCAGGUGGGGACAGAGGUGCCCUUGGGUGCUGCUGCUGCUCCUCCUGUGCUGGGCAGUCUGUGUUGGCAACAGCCCAAGAUGAGGAGAGACCAGGGGUCUUCAGGAGCACAGAGCCCAGCCAACCUCCCCCAGCUUCCCCAUCACCUCCAGCCAGAACUCUCCUGUCUGUCAGCCACAUCUGUGCUUGCAAACACCUUUCCUUGGGCUGCUUUUCUCACGGGGCCCUUCCCCAGGGGUGUGCUCUGCCAGGCACUGCCUCCCCCCAUCCCUGCCUGUCCUGUGGCCAUGCCCGGCUGCAGGCCUCCAUCCCUGCUGCUCUGCCGAUGGCAGGGCUCCCCCUUCCCCAGGCAAGCCCUUGUCCUCCUGGUGUGGGUGCGAGGGGCUAGACACACUGCUGCUGGCAGUGGGUGCCUGAUGGGAUGAGGAGUUGCUGCUUGGGGCCACCACCGGUUGUUUAGGGAUGGAGACAGGCCACAUGGGAACCUGUGCCGCACCCUGGUGCUGGCUCAGCAGGGCAGGAGGGCACAGGUACUUUAAGGCCAGCAUGUUUCACUGGCCACUCACCCUGCACCAAAGCCUCAUCGUUCUGUUCUCAGCCCCAGCACAUGGUGGCUCUGGUUCCUGCUGCCUCCAGGGCUGGGCUCUGGCUGUUGUGGUUUGGGGCUAGCUCUGAUGCAUGCAGACCCUUGGCAGUGCUUGCCUGGGAGCAGGGUUGCUUCCAGCCUCACUUCUCCACAUAGGCACCCAUGGCUGGGGGUUGGAGGCAGUUAGGCUUUCUCCUGACCUGAUCCUAGGAGCAGCCCUUGUUGCAUCCACUCCCCCUGCAAGCCAGGAGCAGCAGCCUUCCUCCUCUAUCCUACCAGCUCCUGAGCAGGGCAGUGCCUGACCGGCCCUUCCAUCUCUCUGCCACCUCUUGGCAUCUGCCUGCCCCUGCCACCUCUUCCUAGCACAGUGCCCUUCUGUCUGCUCAUCCCCUGGGCCAUCCGGUGAGGCAUCUGCACUUGGUGGGGUGCUGUGGGAGCACCUGGGUGCCCUGUGCCCUCCGUCAUGCGCCCUACAUGGAUGCAACUGCUGUGGGGUGGCCUGAACCUGCUGGCCCCUUAGAGGGGCCCUGUGUUGCCACUGUCUGUUUCCCAUGGGCUGGGGGCAGGGCUCUGCCCUCAUGUUCCUCGGGAGACUUCAGGGCUCCAGCUGGCCCACACACAUGCCAAAGCACCGCAGAGGAGCCCAGAGCAGGGUAGGCACCCAGAGCCAAGCUCAUGGCCACACACUGGGGUAGGGGCUGGACACAAGCCCAGAUGCUGGUAGCAGGAAAAGGGCACUUGACAGCAGCGAGUACUCCAGCUGCAGGCAGCAGCUCUGACCAGGGCGAGGGCAGGGCUUCUCCAACCCCACGCACCUCCACCCUGGCUGGGUGCUGUAGCACAGGCACUUGGCUGUGUGUCUGGUGCCCAUGGGUGCGGGGUGAAAGGCAGCAGGCUGUAGCCAGGACACAGCACUGCCUUCCCCAGGUGCAGCCCAGCAGCAACCCAGGCACAGCUCUUUCCCUGUCACCGUUACCUGAGGUCCCACAAUACAGCCCCUGGUUGGAUUCAGCCACCGUUGGGAAGUGUGUCCAGCCCGGUCCCGUGUCCUGCCCAGCCCAAGCCCCCAGCAGGUGUGGCCAUGGGAACAUCCAAGACCAGAGUCCCCUUCUUUUACAAUCCUCCAACAACUGAUGCAAGCUACAGCACUGCAGCCUGUGCGUGCAAAAGGGCUUGGGGCACUGGGACCCAUGCAAGUGUGGGCAGGCUGGCUUUGGAGCCCCCAUCCAGGGCAGGAGGCAGGCAUGGACAGGGUCCUUGCUCUGUGGGAAUGUGUCUGGCUACAGAAAAGGGAGCUGGAGGUGAUGCACGAGUGCCUGUUACUCCUGCCCCUGUGCAGCUCCCUGCCACCACAGUCUGCGUUCUGCUUAGCCAGCAAGAGCGCUGAGCCCUCUCCUCUGGGAAGCAAUAACACUGCUGGCAGGGCAACUCCUGGGCAGGCAGGCAAAAAGAUCCUCUCAGGCUCUCACCCAGCAGUGAUGCCCACUGCUAGCACAAGGCAACUUUCUUCUUCCAAGCAGCGGCUUUUGUGGCACAAGCUCACGUGACAUCAGGGCUGUGGCCCACCCGUCAAGGCACGAGGCCAAGAACAGCACGGGGUGGGGGGGGGGACCUCUCUGGCACUUGCUCCUUCCUUGUUGGUACCACCACUGCCAGCAGCUCCCCAGCAGCAGGAGCCACACGGGGUCACAGUCAGCAAUUCUGCCACUGGCACUUUGCUGGGAUCCUGCAGGCAGCGGUGCCCCCAGCGUCCAACCCGAGGGAGGCAGAGAAGCAGGCUGCCAUCACUGUCCCACAGGCAGGCUCACACUGUCCUCGCUGUGAGGGGAGGGUGUUUUGGUGCAAUAAUUACCCCUGCACUAUGGGAAGCCCCGUUCAGUUCCUUUUUACCUACCCAUCGUUGCAUGUACAGACCAAAUCACCAACAGCGUGGUUGUGCUUUGGGGAGAUAUUUCACUUUUCUUUUCAACCCCCAACCUCAGACCGCUUGUCCUUUGGGUUACACCAUCUCCAUUCCAAGUGCCACCUGCCCUCCCAGCACUGGGAGUGUGUUGAUGCAGUAUUUCAUGAGCAGUGUGGGGCACGCACAGCUUGCACUUGAACUGGGGAUUGUUUUGGGUUUUUUUUGUAAUUAAUGUACUUGAAGGCUUUCCAAGCCCCCUGUGGAGUUGUACUGUUGCUGUACUGUGAGCUAAGUGUCCUUGUUUUCUAUGUGGAUCUUGACCCUGGCUUGCUCUGUCUCACUGGGCUGGAUGACACUGUAUGUUGCCUCUUUUGUCCUUCACCUUUUCCCUCCCUGCUAGCCUGCCUUUCUUCCCCCAAAGCUUUGGGUGCAAAACAGCUUCCCAUUUUGUGGAAUUUUUAUGUAGAAUAAACAUUUGUAACUGUAAA